CUUCAGAGGAAUGGUGCCACGAAAGGGGGUUGGAACCAAAAAGGGGAAACAGCCUGCCAAGAGGAGGCAGGUAACCCAGGUGUCACCUCCACAAUCCUCUUCUGAUGAGGAAUCAUGGCCGGUCUGGCAGAAGUUACAGAAUAAAAUCGCGACCUUAGAGGCUCAAACGCUAGGCAAACAGCCCUCUCAACCAGGCAAGGGACAGCAGCGCAGAUCAGCCAGGGAAUCUAAAAGCCAUAGGCGAGCUAGGUUAAGGGUCGUGGCACGCAAGUUAACGCAGAGAUGUGCUUCUCUUGAGUCCGCACAGAGUAUGGAUGCUUCAGCGAGGCGUGAUCAGGAUGGGGCAACUGUUGCUGCAAAAAGGCGCCGGACUAAGGAACAACAGCCACUGCCCCUGGAGGAUUUGGAGCUGGCAUAUGUAAGCCAGGAUGAACAGGACGAGAUGGAGGAGGCCGAUGGCAGUGCUCUGCAGCAUCCCAAGGACCUGGGCAGAGCAUCUACGUCCUACGGGCUGGUGGGCAUGCUUGAAUGUGAUUGCAGCAGGACUGAAUCAGCAGGCCAAAGCUGGAGAGAGCAGCAUCCUCCUCCUCCAAACCCAUCUCGAGCAGUACUGCUGAAGAAAUGGAGAAUCCAAGAGAUAUUAUAUAUACUUGUAACCCAGCAUGCAUGCAUGCAUGCAUGCAUGUAUGUUUGGCCAAUGAAUAGACUCUUGUCUGGUACUAUGGUUGUUAAGAAGAAACUAUAA